AUGAUACAUUCAGAUGAUACACCUCUGAUCUCUAUCACGAGAGAGAGCUACCCCCUUCACUUCGACGCCCGACUCCCUUAACUCCUCCACUUCACUCGGACAUCGAACUUUGUCUUUUCCUGGACUCCAACGCCCGACUUCCGAAUCUGUCUAUAUUUCCAUCUCAUUCGACGAAGGACGACUUAAGAGGUUAUUGUAGCAAUGGACCCUGGUCCAGCUGAUCCUACUGUGUUGACGCUACAACAGUCUCACCGAUUCUCUUUAGCAUGGACUGCCUCGGAUGAUGUUGACUCCGUUAUACUUACGUGUUGACAUCGCAAGGCUACGAUAAGACGUAUGGGACCCCCCCUGAUGCACGCAUAGUCCCAUACUUGUAGAGAGCAGGAUUUGUUGGACUCAUCCGUGUGCCGUUCAUACAGUUAGAUUGGCAUCUUAUUACUGCACUAGUAGAGAGCUGGCGAUCGGAGACACACACAUUUCACUUAACAUCUGGGGAGGCAACCAUCACAUUGCAAGAUGUCAGUAUCUUAUCUGGAGUACGGGUAGAUGGUAACGCUGUUACAGGGAAUACUGGUUGUGAUUGGCCUGCUGUAUGCAAUCGUCUUCUAGGGACAGUUCCACCUACCAAUCAGCUCAAAGGAUCGAGGUUGAACAUGACGUGGCUUUCCCAGACUUAUGGUAACUUACCCAUUGAUGCUGAUGAUGUCACAGUCCAGCGCUAUGCUAGAGCAUUCAUUCUCCAGCUUCUGGGUGGUAGCAUUUUUGCAGCCACAUCUGGUAGUAUGGUGCAAUUGAUGUUUCUGCCUUUACUAGAGGACUUUGAUGCUACUGGGGAAUACAAUUAGGGGAGUGCAGCACUAGCUUGGUUGUAUCGAGAGUUAUGUCGUGCAUCUUGCGAACGUAUGCAUGUCAUUCCUGGUUUUCUCAUCCUUGUUCAAAUCUGGGCGUGGUAUAGAUUUCCUCACAUUGCUCCGCAUCGUCUUCUUAGACAACCAAUAGCGGACGGUCCUUUCAUGACACGUUGGUGAGAUGCAUUUACUGUUUGAGAGAUUUCCACUCAUGUCCUCCGUCAAUAUCAUUAUUCCUUGGACAGGUAGACCUUUGCACAGGUGGUGUAGUGACCUUACAGUAUUGAGUUGAUUGAGGGGAUUCCACUAUAUUGUUUGGAUGGUGCAGAUAUAUGGCAAGCAAUAGUUCCAUUGAUCUGUUUUUUCAUUGUCAAGAUGCACAAUCUUGAUAGAGUACAACGGCAAUUUGGAUUUCGCCAGACUAUAGCCCACAAUUGUGACACUGUCGUUGCUCUUCAUAACCUCGAUUUACAUGGAACCAAAACUAAAGAUUGGGUGAACCAUCACAAAGAGUGGAUUCAAUUAUGGGAUCAAUGCCGAACCCACAUUGCUAUAGGUGAACCAUGGGAUGGUAAUAUGCAUGAUGCUAAUCCGUACAUGGUAUGGUAUCGACGUAUCAUUCGUCGAUAUAUUAGUCGUGCUGCAUGUACAUUUGAUUUCGUGAGUGGUCAUUUGGUACAAAUAUGUAACGCAUCUCUAAAGGGAUCACAUAUUGGCACACUGGCCAGGCAGGCACUUGCAGCUCUUCAUGAUCAAGAUCGCUUCGCAGGGGUACCUCAACCACAGCCUGACGUUCACGUACAUGAAGAGGCACAACCAUCUGAUGGGGUAGAUAGUGAGCCACAUGUUGAGAGGGACUUUACCUCCAUACCAGACCUCAGAUCCAUGUUAAAUGAUUGGUGUCAAACCCCUAUCCGCAUGGAAGAUUUUGGGAAUGCAAUGACAGAACAACAUGAAGAAGGGGUCACACAUUCUAAGGAGGGUGUUUCUCAUACAGCAGCAGGGGCUCUACAUUCUGGAGACGGACUGACACAAUCACCUGAGAGGGUUUCAGCCUUUACUGAGACAAUCACACAUAGUGAAGAGAAGGGAUCACAUGCUGAUGAGCAACAUCUUGGGACUAUGCAUGCAUCGCACGAGGAGGUUCCAGUAUCUGCCAUUACACAAUCUGAAGAGGGAGGUACUCAAAGUAGAGAUGGGAUUCCAUUAUCUACCGAGAGAGUUACACAUAGUGGGGAAGGGAGAUCACAUGUUGAUGAGUGAGUACUACCUAUUGUGCCUGUGGACCCUGUUCCUUAUAGGAGGAAGCGAGGCAGACAUCAAGCUACUGAGGAGGGUGUGACACAGGUUCUAGAACCCCCACGUCGCAGGGGAACUCGCAAAAUUAGACAUCCUGGAUGUGGCACCUAUACACCUCCCCCUACUCGGCACAAAUAGUAGUGAUGUAUAACAUAUAUUAUUUUUGUGACAGUUAUAGUUUUUAUUAUUUAACGUAUAAUUAGUAUUAUAAGUAGGAAAGAAAAUGUUAAGUUGAAUAUUGACAGAAAAUGUUUUUAAUUUUUGCUUUGGCUUUGGCAUCUUUUGUAUCAUUUCUGUUUAGUGUACAGUCGCACUCUUGGCGUCAUUUCAUUUGGCCAAUGGUUUAUAUAUUGGUUUUGGCUACACAAUUUGAACUUAGUUGCUGAAGUAUUGUAUUAUUAAUUUUUAGUGACACAUAAUUUUGUU